AUGCUAGCUGUUUUCAUAUAUGGGCUAGUAUUGUUCCCAACCCAUGAAGGUUUUAUAGAUUCAACUGCCAUAAGUAUCUUUUGGGUCGUUUGGAAGGAUAAACAAAGUUUGGUUCCUCCACUAUUAGCUAACACUUUUCAUACUUUGCAUACUCGACAUCAAAAGAAGAAUGGAAUGUUGAUAUGUUGCCUUCCAUUGCUCUAUAAUUGGCUUAUCUCAUAUGUGUUCAAGCCUGAUGCUCACAUCAGUGAGAUGUCCAGUGGGGAGUGGGCAAGAACUCUGGUGUCUUUGUCUAGUAAGGAUAUCAUUUGGUACCGACACAAGCUGAAUGUUGAAGAAAUCAUUAUCAAUUGUGGUAGUUUCCCAAAUGUACCACUAAUAGGAUCUAAAGGUUGCAUCAGCUACAACCCCAUGUUAGCUUUGCGACAGUUUGGAUACCCUAUGCGUGGGAAGCCCGAUGAUAAAGAGUUAGAAGAGAUGGUUUUGAAUGAUAUGGGAACCAAUGAUCCUUUUCUCCUCCGUAAGAUCAUUCGAUCUUGGGAAAAGGUGCAUACCAAAGGAACAAAAAUAGUAAAGAAGAAUGAUGCAUCAAGGGUUCCUUAUCAGCAAUGGAUCUCGGAGAGGAUCAAAGUUGUGAAGCUCCCUUUUUCUAUAGAGAUUCCUCUAAGGUCUACCUCACCAGAACUAGUCCCUGUUUCUCUUGAAGAGAUGGAAGAACUUCGAGCCAUGGUAGCUAAACUUGGAAAGGAGAAAGAUGAUCUACAAUCUAAACUCUACAAAGAAACUGGGAAAAAUAUGAUUCUCAAAAGGAAGAGUAACCAAAGGAAGGAACUUUUGGAGGAGAGUCGUAAGAAGAACAGAAUUGAGCAAGAUCUCAAGGAAAGAGUCUUGGAAUGCCUAGAUCAGGCUGAUAGUGGAUUAGGUUCACUCCGUGAUGAGUUAGCUAAGGCUAAACGAGAUGGACAAGAGUGGAAGCGUUGGUGGGACCUAGCCACUAAGCAAAAGAAGUAG